GAAGAUGCUUUUGAUACACCCAGCCCAUGUUUGAAAACUGGAGGGUUUGAGGGCAGAAAAGGAUCCAGCUGCUUUUAUUCCAUGGUUUUUUCCCAGGUGGAGCUCACUGGAAACAGCAUUUAUGAGUACAUCCACCCCUCGGAUCACGAUGAGAUGACUGCUGUCCUCACUGCCCACCAGCCUCUUCACCCUCACCUCCUGCAAGAAUAUGAAAUCGAGAGAUCCUUCUUCCUGAGGAUGAAGUGCGUCCUGGCCAAGAGGAACGCAGGCCUGACCUGCAGUGGCUACAAGGUGAUCCACUGCAGUGGCUACUUGAAGAUCCGCCAGUACAUGCUGGAUAUGUCCCUGUACGACUCCUGUUACCAAAUCGUGGGGCUGGUGGCCGUGGGGCAAUCUUUGCCUCCCAGUGCAAUCACUGAGAUCAAGCUCCACAGCAACAUGUUUAUGUUCAGAGCCAGCUUGGAUUUAAAACUGAUUUUCCUCGAUUCCAGGGUCACGGAAUUAACUGGAUAUGAACCCCAGGAUCUGAUAGAAAAAACCCUCUACCACCACGUCCACGGCUGUGACGUUUUCCACCUGCGAUACGCUCACCACCUGUUGCUGGUGAAAGGCCAAGUGACCACCAAGUACUACCGGCUGCUGUCCAAGCAGGGAGGCUGGGUGUGGGUGCAGAGCUACGCCACCAUCGUGCACAACAGCCGUUCGUCACGGCCUCACUGCAUAGUGAGUGUCAAUUAUGUCCUUACAGAUAUUGAGUACAAGGAACUUCAGUUGUCACUGGACCAGGUUACCAUUUCCAAGUCACAGUUUUCAUGCAGAAACUCAGUACCUACCUCGCAGGAAACAAGGAAAAUAGUAAAACCCAAAAGUAAUAAAAUGAAGGCAAAACUCAGAACAACACCGUACCCGCCACAGCAAUACAGCUCGUUCCAAGCAGACAAACUGGAGUGCAGCCAGGCGGGGAGCUGGCGCUCCAGCCCCGCCGCCAGCGCCGCCGCCCUUCAGGAACAGACCUUCCAUUCAGAGAGCAGCGAGCUCCUGUACGCCCCUCCCUACAGCCUGCCCUUCUCCUACCACUAUGGACACUUCCCUGUGGAUUCCCACGUCUUCAGUGGCAAGAAGCAAAUGCUGCCUGCAAAAUUCGGGCAGGCCCAAGGGGCGCCCUGCGAGGUGGCGCGGUUCUUCCUGGGCGCGCUGCAGACCAACGGCGAGUGCCAGUGGCACUGCGCCAACUCCCUGGUCCCCAGCGGCCAGUCACCCUCCAAAAACCUUCCUGAGCAGCCAGUGAACAUCAUCAGGCACAACCUUGCACAGAGCUAUGAAGUGCCACUGUCCAACAGGAGGUACAACCAGGACGCUCUGGCCGAGCCCUUCCCGAGCUGCACGGCGCCGGUGCCGGGCCGCUACAAGGAGGAGCUCUACGACUCUGCCAUCAUGAAACCCAACAAAGCCGAGGCCAGGAUCCAGCCCCCCGCCCACCUCAUCAAAGAGGAAAGCAAGCUGCCUUUCCCCAGAGACCUGCCGGAAAAAAUGGCCAUCAGCGAGGGCUCCUUCUCCAGCUCCUUGCUGCCCAAAGCCGAGUGCUGCCAGGCCAAAGCCGUGGGACAGCUGAGCCACCUGCUGCCCGUGCCCUCGGUCUACGAGCAGAGCAGGAGGAUUUGUGUCAAAGACCCCAAAUUUGGGCACAUCAGCCACCACCCAGGCAGCAUGGAGGAGCUGGACGAGAGGAUGAGCGCGAAGCUCGACCACGAGGCCGACGGCGAGCGGCUGAUGGACGUGAGACCCUCGGGCCAAGUCCCCUUCGUGCUCCUCAACUACCACCACGUGCUGGCCAAGCACGGAGCCUUCCCAACGUCCCCCUGCACGGCCACGGGACACGUGGCGGAAAAUUAUUCCUACAGCUCCGAGGAAGUCAACGCGUUUCUUUACAAAAACCAAAGCCCCUCCUCGGCUUCUUCUCCAGAAACCCACAAGGAAUCUGCACUACCCCAUUACAUUGGGACUUCUGUAAUUAUCGCCAACGGCAGGUGACGGUAGCACGGGAGGGUUUUGUGUUUAAUUAAGAAGCCAAACGGUAAUGAUUUGGUAAAAAGAGGAAAAAAAAAACAAAAAAACCCAAAAAAAGCAUGAGGAAACGCAGUGACAUUUACUGAGCAAAGCUGGAGGGCGGUGAGGGACGAACUGGUGAGUUCCACAAGUCCCAGUGGCCAGGAAAAUCUCCUCCAUCCCCUGCCGUGCUUCGGUGUCCCCGACACAGCUCUGGUGCCAGGGAGAAGCCAAGUUCCAGAUCUUAUUUUUGUUAUUUUAUAGUGUGCAGCAGAAGGAAAUGAGAGGUGUUAUAUGCAGAGGUUUAUAUGAAGAACAUUUUUUUUUUUUUCUCCUUGACCCCUCCUUAAAAUAAACUCAAGAUUUUUGGUUUUUUUAAUCAUUAUCAGAAAAUAUGCAUUCUAGUUUAGGGUUUUUUUGACAAAUCGUGUGAAACCUCGCAUCAACUCUCCACCCAACCCCCUGACAAAUGGACUUGGUUGAGAGAGUGGUGAUUUUGAACAACCACAACACAGCUGUCCUACUCAAACAGAAAAAAAAUCUUAUUUAUUAAUUACCAGAAAGUUUUAAAACUAAAUAAAUCAACCCUAAAUUUGAUUUAUUUAGCAUAGAUUUCCGUGUUCGGAGAUUGUUGCCACCACCAUUUAUCUUGACAAGGGACAAUAUGACAAAUUAAUAGUUACAAAGACAGGUAUUACAGGGUUACAGGUCUUGUCAUGGCAAAUUGGGACAAAUUAUGGAGCAGGAACUAAUUCCCCACAAAUAAGAAAAGGAAACUCCUAAAUCCUGUGUUUCCCUGAGUAUUCUGGGGGAAGCCUGUGCAGAUUUUCAACCCAGCCAGUCACAAAUACAUCUUAAUAACAGCACCAGAAAUGUUUUCUUUAUAGUCAAGAGAAUAAUGAACAUUUCUGCCUUAUUCUGAACUUACCAGUAGAAUUGUGAGCUUUGAAAAUUCCAGCUCUUAACGCGCUGAACUUCCUCCAGCAUAAAUCCUGUUGUCAGCACAAAGGUAGGGCUGGAAUUCCCUGGUUGGAGCACUUCACAAAUCCCAACCAGCACAUUUGAAACACUCACAUUUGGCCCAGCCAGCCAGGAAUAGAUUUUCACCCCUUUAUUUUCAAUUCUUCGCAGAGGAUGGAUCUGUGUGAGUCCAGCUGACAACACCCAGCCCACGGUGGUUUUCAGCCCAAAAACUGUGAGUGGAUAAAACAACAAAAGGCUCCCUAAACAAUAAGUGUGGCUCUAGAUAUCACUCAGCUCCAUUUUUUACCCCAAUCCAAGCUUAAUUCAGAAUUUUUCAAACUUUCUCUCAUCAGACUCUAAAGAGAACUUCACUGAAAAACCUUGAGCACCCUGGGAUAGUGCAAAGUUCCCUGGAUGAGCUUUAAGGUUCCUUCCAACCCAAACCAUUCCAUAAUUAUUUGAAGAAAAUUCUUAUCUGGUUUGUGUAACAUGGGAAAAACACUUGCUCAUGGAUUGCACCGUGUCAGAAAAAUCAUAAUGCAAUACUCAGUCCUAAAAUUUCCAUGUUCUCCAUCUUUUUUAUGCAGCAAUAAUUCAUCCCUGAAUGGUCUGGGUUAGGAAGGACCUUAAAGCUCAUCCAGCAGUUCCAAGGCCCUGAAAUGGGCAGGGAAUUUUCCAUUAGAAUACAGUAAUAAAGUUAUUUCUUUCUGUGUGUGAAUAUUUACUGCUGUGAGUACACAAAAAUACUUCAAAAGCAAAGGCUAGAAAACAAUUUUCAGUAUAUUUUUUCAUUGCUUCCUGUUAAAGUUUAACAGAGAAACCUUUAUUAUCAAAUUAAUAUUCACUUGAAAAACGAACUUGAACCGAACGCUCUCAGCUGUUGUUUGAAAUUGCAUGAAAAAUAAAUUUGGUGCUAAACAGAACCAAAAAAAGCCAAAUCAGUGAUUACAAAAAAACCAAAACAGAACCCAAGCAGCACAGUCACUCCCUGUGCAACCUCAGCUUGUUCAGUGCUGGAGAAGCUGGCAAGGCUCCAGAAAAGCUGUAAAUGUGGAUUUUCAUCAUGCUGACCCCAUCAAUCAAAGCCAGGAGACACCAGUGGCUUUCCCAGUGCUUCAGAGCCCUGCUCCUCAUAAACGACCCCAACCCCUGAAAAGAUAAUUACGCUGAGACUCCUGGGUUAAUUU